CCAACAAUCCGGCAGAAUCCUAACCGUAGCAGCGCGGCAUGUUUCGACGGACUGACCUUGUCGAGAGACGCUCGGUGUUGAGCAAAUUGGCGUUUUGGGAAUAGCUGAGCAUGUCGGCAACACUGGUCCCCAUCCAUCUCUGCCUGGCCACUGCAUUGGUUGAGAGACGGACGGAACUAAGACCGGCCAUCUCGCCAGCGGCUUCACACUGGAAGAGGAGCGUGAGGCUCGCUAGCGACCAGGUCCUCCAAAUAGACCUGGCGCUGUCGACGGCGUCCGAGCGGUACUCGCUGCCAUCACGCGUGGCCAGGUUCAUCGAUUACAUCCUGCCCGCUCCCGAGCCGGACCCGGUUUCGUCGGCUCUUGAAGGCGAGGGAAUUGGCGCUCGCCAAAUUCGCAAUAUCAACUGCUUGCAAUACAUGGCGCCGCAAUGCCUCCGACAGCUGUACAACAUGAAUGACGGCGCCGGCCAGACAGCCCACCCCAAGAACUCGCUCGGCAUGUACACGCCUUCCUACGGCGCGUGGGUGGCCGAAGAUCUCGAUAUGUUCUUCACUGAUUUUGCUUCGGACCUGGUCAGCCAGCGGCCCGUGUUCAUGUCGCCGGUGCCCGUCACCAACAUCCAAGUGGGCGACCUCAUCGUGCAGGGCAACCUCAACAUCAUGCUGGCCGCCUUCAACAAGCACUACUGCCGCACCGGCCUGGACCCGCAGUUCGACCCAGUCUACCCCAACCCGCGGGCGGGCGGCUACAACGCAACCGACUGCGGCACGCACACGCCGCCGCGCGUCAUCGCCAUCAUGUACGCUUUCAACGAGGCCUCAUACUCGGACGCCUACGCCCGCCGCCACGAGGGCCAUUUCUCCAUCGUCUUAUCCGCCUCGUGUCCGUGGGUCACCUCGGUCGGCGGCACCCAGUUCCUGCCCGUGCCGUCGAACAGCACAGGGCUGUUGACGGCGCUCGACAACAACAGCACCGUGUCCUCGGGCGGCGGCUUCAGCCGUUUCUUCCCAGCCCCCUGGUACCAGGGCAACCUCACGCGCGAGUACCUCGCGGCCGCGCCGGGCGCCGCUGAGCUGGCGAGGCAGGGGUACUUCAAUGCCGCGGGGAGAGGGUACCCGGACAUCUCGGCCAUGGCGAGGAGUUUUCUGGUGAGCCUGCAUGGCGGGUACCGCGCGGUGUCGGGCACGUCGGCGUCGACGCCCGUGGUGGCCGCCAUGAUCGCCAAGAUCAACGACGCGAGACUGCACGCCGGCAAGGGCACCGUGGGCUUCAUCAAUCCUGUGCAGUACGCCGCGAGAAAUAAAAGGGGCAUACCGCGAGAUGUGCAGCACGGCAAGAAUUGGGCGUGGGGCGUCAGCGAGACUUUCCCGGCUAAGCAGGCGUGGGAAGCUGUGACUGGGUUGGGAACGCCGGAUUUUGAGAAGUUGAAGGAUUUGUAUCUUCGGCUGCCGUAAACAUAAGCUCGUUCUGCCAGUGGGGACUUCCGCUUCUGGGGUGUACGGAGCGACGGUUGGUUUGAGGGCUGGAGUCUCCAGGUUAGUUGCGAAC